CACAUCACCAAAAUGGUGCAGUAUAUAUGUAUGUCCACACUUAUCUAGCUACAAAAACUUUGUAACACAAUGAAAUCCACCCACAGCCAUGGCACCAUCUCCCUCCUCUUCUUCUUCUUCCUCGUUCUCUCCCUUUCGCCGGCGGCAGCCCAACCAAGCCCCAACAAUCCAGACAACAUGUACGCGCGCUUCAGCCCCUCCAUGGCCGUCAUCAUCGCCGUCCUCGUGGCCGCCCUCUUCUUCAUGGGCUUCUUCUCCAUCUACAUCCGCCACUGCUACGACGCCUCCGCCGGCUCCAACGCCCUCCGGCGCGGCAGCCUCUCCCUCCACGCCCGCCGCACCGCCGCCCGCGGCCUCGACGCCUCGGCCAUCGACGCCCUCCCGACCUUCUCCUACUCCGAGGUGAAGGACCACAAGAUCGGCAAGGGCGCGCUCGAGUGCGCCGUCUGCCUCAACGAGUUCCAAGACCACGAAACGCUGCGUUUGCUCCCCAAAUGCGACCACGUCUUCCACCCCGACUGCAUCGACGCCUGGCUCGCCUCCCACACCACCUGCCCCGUCUGCCGGGCCAAUCUCGCCCAGCAGACCGAUUCCGACCCGGUCCAACCGGAGGAGACCGAUCCUCCUCCGCUUGAGGCAGACCAAUCCAGAGACAACGAGAUUGUAAUCCAAGUGGACGAAGAUGAUCAUCCGCAGCCGUUAGAGCGAAACCUGAGUUUCGAAACACCGAAUCGGCCGGCAAGGUCGUGGUCGAUUCGGAGGCCGAAGAUGCUCGGGUUUGGAAAGUUCCGGUCGCACUCGACCGGGCACUCGCUGGUCCAACCGGGUGAGAAUCUGGACCGGUUUACACUGAGGUUGCCCGAGGGAGUGCGGAAGGAGGUGAUGGACCGGGCAAUGCUGAACCGGACUAGAAGCCUGGCGGCGGGGCUACAAAGGGAAGGUAGUUCGAGGAAAGGAUACCGGAGCGGGGGAGAAGAGGGGAGCAGCCGGGCCGGGCGGUUCUAUAAGCGGCUCGAGCUGCCCGGCCGGGGGGCCAAUUCGGACCGGUGGGUGUUUUUCACGAGAGGGAUAUCGUUCCGAUCGCCGAGGGUGGUGGCGGACAGCGGCGAAGGGUCCAGCUCAAAGAGGAGCGGCGGGAAGACGCCGGUGAAGAUGCCGUCGUUCAAGUGCUUGGAACCAAAGACGAACGGAGAUGAAAACCGGCCGUUUUCGGAGCCGCCGCCGGUUUAAAGGGAAUUAGUUAGUCAAAAUUGGCGGAAAAGGUGUAUUAUGGGGAGGCAAGUUGGCAGAGAGGACUAGGUUCGGUGGGUCCCGCAAGGGUAGAAAAAAGUCUAAUUGGAAUCGGAUUCUUGAUUAACUGUGCUUUUCAUUAUUUUGUUUGAUUUUUUUCGUCCACACGCUGCACAUGUAUUUAUUUUUCUUUUUUAAUUGCCUAUAGCUGUUUGUUGUUCAUUGAUUUUGGUAGUAGUAGUACAGUAUAUCAUUUUUGUGAAAUCUUGAGGAUGAGAAUUGAGAUGAGGAAGUCGAUGCUGUAAAUUUUUUAUGACUUCGUUUGUUCAAAUCUUAUCGAAAUGUAAUGUGCCGUUUGGAGAAUAAAAACAGUACUAUUGUAUUAGUGGA